ACUACGACGGAGGGGGCUCUCUGCCCACUGCAUUCCUCUUUCCUCACUUUGGGUGGAAUUUUAGCAUCCCAACGUACUCCCAACCAGAAGCCUCAUCACUGCUCUGUCUCUCUGCGCUGCACGACUUUUCUUUAGAACAAGACACAGAAAAGAAGAUUGCAUUUUUUCUUACCUUUUUCUGUCUUCAUUCUUUCAUACCCACUGAGUCAUUUCUUUACAUACCCCAUUCUGUUUCUUCACCUUUACUCUGUUUUUUCUUGGUGUUUUGGGUUUUGUUGGAGGAAUUUGAGAGGAGGGGAAAUGGGGUUUGUGGGGAAGUGUGGGAAGAUCCAAUGGAGGAGCUUGUUUUGGAGAGUGAAGGCUGCAGUGAAGAAGGCUGUGAAGAAGAGUGGAGGGAGAAAGCAGUUGAAGUUUCAGUAUGAUCCUUCCAGUUAUGCUCUGAAUUUUGAUGAUGGUUGUUGCCAUAUGGGUGUUGGAGGGGGAAAUGGAAGUCCAAUCAAACAUGGUGGUGGAUUUUUGGAUUGUUCUGCAGAUCUUAGCAAGAGCACUACUGCUACUACUACUACCAUCUGUGUUUAUGUUCUUUGUUCUGAAGAGGGUGGAUCAAGUCAUCAAGGUAGCUCCUUUCUGGUUCUGGUUUUCACUCGGUAGACAUGGUAGUUUGGGAAGUGAGGAGAGCAAGAAUUUCUCUCCUAGAUAAUUUUUCAUUUUCAAUGUUUUGAUGUUAUUUUCUGUGUUUAAUUUUGAAAAUUUCUACUACUGUAAAUACUGUCUUCAACUUUCCAUAAUUAGAAAAGAGCUGUCUUUUAAUCUUUCAGUAGAGCUAGAUUUGCACCACAGGUACACAACAGUAAAUUGAAUAUUUACUU